UUGAGAUCGUCGUGGCGAUGAUGGACCACGUCGACUUGAGCACUGGCAUGACAUGGCAUCCGGCCGGGUCAUCGUCCUCCAAGAAGAGGAAGCAAGCGUCCGUAGCAACAUCAGCUGCAUCGUCACCUUCCUUGACGAACUUUGCGUUCCAAUGCGCGUUCGACACGACGCAGGCCGCGGUGAACUCGGUGCUGCAGAAAGCGAACCACGCAUGCUUCGACCAAGUACUCGACUCGUUCGUUGAACGUUCGAGCUCAUCCACGAACCCACACCUACUGCCUCUCCAGCCCUUUCCCGUGGCCGCCGUGAUCGCAGGCACCGACGCCGGUGCCGCCUCCAGUGGGCUGUGGACGGAUCCGUUGACCCGGCGACUCAAGCACCGGUUUCCGUUCGUCGUGGGUGUCCAGCGCCAGUUUACGAACGGACGACAGAUGCUCGAGUACGUGGCGAGCAUGGUGUUUGCCGAAGCUGCGAACCGGGUGUUGGAGGGCCAGUGGCUCCAGAUCGAGAUGCAGCGCCAGGAAAAGCAGCUGACGUCGCGGCGAUCGUACCGGCUUCCACCGCGAGUGCGACAUGGUGCAGACGUCCCUGUCAUCAAAUGGGACACCGUCGCAGCCAUCCUGCGCCAAGUUCACGACAUCGUGGCCCCCGUGAUGCAUCACUCCGACGACGUGACCAUCCAAGCCGAGAUGCUGCACAUGGAGCUGCAAAGCGCCGCGGAAGCGUCCAUCGCGGACUGCCGCGCCAAUUUUGACGCGGCGUGUGCGUGCAUGGACCGCCUGCUGGCCGAUUCGACCGACCGCAUCCAGUACCUGCGCAAAUUGGUAGGGCCUGACACAGCCACAGAACGCAAGCUACUGGAGCUCCACCAGUGGCUUGUGCGGCAGUACCUGAGUGUGGUAGAGCAUGAGCUCAAGCUCGAAGCCGUCGACACGAAACGAAGCCAACUGCGCCGACUCCUGCGCACGAUAGCCACCGCCCAUGCCACCGACCAACGAAGUGGCGCUGAAGACGAGAUCGGUACAGUACCGCCGCCGCUGUGCGUGCCAUCCGUGCUGGUGAUCGUAGACCAGUACGAAUCCAUGGACGACCGCAUGUUUGCCGACUUUUUGCACAUGUGGCGCGACCACUCGACGUCUUCGCUGCCACCGCUUCGCAUUGGGUUGGUGCUUGGGUUGAGCUCUCAGUUUUCGCCGGCGUACCGUCGCAUGUCCCCCGCGGUGGCGUCGAUGGUGUCGGUGGUUCCGUUCGUACUGGAAGACUCGUUUAAGAGCUUUGCUGACAUUUGCCAGACGCUGGUGCUGGCGUCGUUUCCUGUGACACUGUCAGGCGCUGUGUUUACGUACUUACACUCGACCUUUACCCAAACACACUCGAUCCAAGCGUUCCUUGCCGCGCUCAAGUUGAUCUUGUACCACCAUGCGACCCCAAACCCUUCAGACCCGUCGAUGGCGUCGAGCCUAGACCUCCACCGCGUCCUCGCGCUGUUCCCGCUGCCCCCGGAUGCUGCCGACGCCGCCCGACUUCCCGCCACCGUCAGAGCCUACGUCCAGUCGUUAAAUCUGUCGGAAUCGGCGGCACUCGCGGCCGAGAUCAACGGGGGAUUGAAUGCUGAGAACGAAUGUGUGGAGUCUGUGGUGGAGGAUGCAGUGGAGCGGGUGCGCCAGAGGAGGCUGCUGUGGCAGUGCAUGUGGACAUGCGUCGACAUGACGUGGCACAUGUGCACGACAUUUGAGCCGGAGUGGGCCAGUUUGGACGUCGCGGCGGUGGCGCUGGCGCUGGACGGCCACUUGAUGGGGUCAAUUGUGGCGCAGCACAUGCAGUCGUUCUUCCUACAUCAUGUGGGGGUACGGGCGUUACAUUCGUUGGUGUUGGAAUGGCGUCAAUGUGUCGCAAGAUUCGACAUGGAUGGAUGCGACGCGCCGGCGCUAGCGGACGUGGCGAGUGCGAUCCACGACAUGGUGGACGUGCUGGCGUUCGUGCAGGAGACGGCCGAGUCGGCUGAAACGGCGCAGAUGGUGCCCGAGGUGCGGCGAGACGUGUGGUCGCUGCUGAGUGUCCGGAUGCUGCCGUGGCUGGUUCCGGACGCGUCCCCCGUCGGCCGCGCGUGUUCAUUUGAUGACGUGGCAGUGCUGGAGCGGCACUUGUCCUCUCACAAGGAAACUGCCAUGGCGGAAGCAUUCGAGUCGGGUGCCAACAGAGCAUCAUGGGGCCGCGACAUGCAUGUCCUCCACGACUUUUAUAGACACACGGCGGGUAUGUGGAUCAAUGUGGCCGAGUGGCUCGAUGACUUUACCGCUCGGUGCAACUCCAAAAAGACAAAGAAGAAGGCGGUGCAUGCGCGGUUCCUACGAGGGGUCGCGGCGAUGCAAUACCUGGGGUUGGUGCGACGGGUGGGCAAGGGCGACGACUACGUCGAGAAGAUGAUGUUCCUGUAGUGGACGCAUAAUACAUGCCAGUACAUG